AUGAGCGUCACCUCCUGGUUCCUGGUGAGCAGCAGCGGCACCCGCCACCGCCUGCCGCGCGAGCUCAUCUUUGUGGGACGCGAUGAGUGCGAGCUUGUGCUGCAGUCCCGCAGCGUGGACAAGCAACAUGCCGUCAUCAACUACGACCAGGACAGGGACGAGCACUGGGUGAAGGACCUGGGCAGCCUCAAUGGGACUUUCGUGAAUGACGUGCGCAUCCCGGACCAGAAGUAUGUCACGCUGAAGCUCAACGAUGUCAUCCGCUUCGGCUACGAUUCCAACAUGUAUGUGCUGGAGCGUGUGCAGCACCGCCUCCCCGAGGAGGCCCUCAAGCAUGAGAAGUACACCAGUCAGCUGCAGGUGAGCGUCAAGGGUUCCUCACCUAAGAGGGGCGAGCCGUUGCCAGACCACACACCGUACUGCGAGUCCUCGAACCCCAAGCCAGAGAAGGGGGACCGGAGGCCAGGGACAGAGGCAGCGACCUACCGCACACCCCUGUACGGCCAGCCAUCCUGGUGGGGGGAAGAUGAUGGUGGCAGCCCACCUGAGGACCGGCACCAGGAGGAGCCUGACCCAGAGCGUCCCAGGGGCCUGGCCCAGCAGGACAGGGAGCUCAGCGGCAUGCCGGCUGGUUUCCGGGCCGCCGUCGAGACGCAGGGCUACGCGUUCCGCCGGGAGCCCAGCUACUUUGAGAUCCCCACGAAGGAGUCACCGCCUGCAGCAGAGCGCUCCCCUGAGGUGCUGGCGCACGAGGCCCCCACCAAGGACCAAGAGCCAGGCGGCAGCGGAGUGGUACCCAUGGUGCACAGCCACGCCUCCUUCACCAUCGAGUUUGACAACUGCAGCCCAGGCAAGGUGAAGAUCAAAGACCACAUCACCAAGUUCGCCCUGCGCCAGCGGUGGCCCCCAGGCAAGGAGGCCGCGCCUGCAGAGAUGGUGUCGGCUGAGACCAAGGUGGCCGACUGGCUAGUGCAGAACGACCCCAGCCUGCUGCGCCGGGCUGGCCCAGGGGAUGACCGCCACAGCACCAAGAGUGACCUGCCCAUCCACACCCGCCUGCUGAGGGGCCACAAGCACGAAGAUGGGACACAGAGUGACUCGGAGGACCCGCUGGCUCCGACGUCGGCGACGUCGGCUGGGAUGUCUGCGGAGGCCGGCGCGGAGCAGGCCCGGCUGCAGCGGCAGAUCAAGCGGGACCCCCGGGAGCUGCUGCACAACCAGCAGGCCUUCGUCAUCGAGUUCUUCGACGAGGACACGCCUCGCAAGAAGCGCUCCCAGUCCUUCACUCACGCGCCCCCUGUGGACCCCAAGGCUGACAAGCGUCCCCGCGCCCCCGGCCUGGCCGACAGGGACCGCCCAGGCGUAUCCCCAACCCCUGCGCGGGCAGCAGGCGUCGGUGCGGGUCCCCAGCGGGCGGGCUCCCUCAAGCGGCAGAAGACAGAGGAUCGGCUGGGCGGCUCUUCGCCCCCCGCCGACCCCCAGCUGACCAAGGCGCGCAGACAGGAGGAGGAUGACAGCCUCAGUGACGCGGGCACCUACACCAUCGAGACGGAGGCGCAGGACCAGGAGGUGGAGGAGGCCCGCAAGAUGAUCGACCAGGUGUUUGGAGUGUUCGAGUCUCCAGAGCUUUCCCGGAUGUCCUUGGCCACCUUCCGCCCAGUCAUCAGAGACGGCAGAGAGGAGGGGGCCGAUGGGGGUGUGGCCCAGCGGCUGGCUCUGCUGCAGGAGUUUGCCUCGCGGCCAGCAGGGACAGCCCCACAGGCAGAGCACCAGGGGCCUGGCUCACCCGGGGCUCAGAAGUGGGUGUCCCGCUGGGCUAGCCUGGCUGACAGCUACUCAGACCCGGGCCUGACAGAGGACGGUGCUGGCCGCCGGCCCACGGAGCCGGAGGUGGCCCUGCCCUCGCGCACACGGCGCCUCCUCCCGCAACUGCCCAGCGAGCGAGCGGAUAGUCCUGCGGGCCCCGAGGCCACCAGGAAGGCCGGGCUCGGGUUGCCGGAGCCAGGCAGCGAACAGGCCAGCCUGCUCUUUCGCCAGGAGGACCUGGACCCUGAUAGCCUUAGUGACGCCAGCGGGUCAGACAAUGGUCGGGGCCCUGAGCCAGGCCGGGGGCAACCGCCCGAAAGACGCAGGAGCCCCGAGGAGAUGCUGCCGUGGACCAGGGGCCGGCGCUCACCUCGGACCCUGGGGGAGCCGGCCCCCACCUCGUUCUUCAUAGGGGAUCAGAAUGGGGAGGCUGGCACCACCAGGAAACCUUUGACAGCUCCAGAGGAAGCAGAAGGCCCAGGAACGGCGCCUCCACCGCGGGCAGCUCCGCCCAGCGUGCAGACGCAGAACGGUGCCUAUGUCAGCACCACUGGGCGGAUGGUCAUCCAGCUUGACACCGGGCACUCCACAGAGCCCGGGGGCCCCGGCCCAGCUGCGUCCAAAGAGGCCCUGGCCUUCGUCCGGCAGGAGAGCUUCACCAAGGAGCCGGCCAGUGGCCCACCGGCCCCUGGCAAGCUUCCGCACGUCUCCAGCCACCCCCUGCUCCAGGACCUGGCUGCAGCCCGGGCCGCCCGCUCAGAUCUCCACUCCCAGGACACCCGCCUGAUCCUGAAGGAGACCGAGACAGCGCUGGCAGCUCUGGAGGCCCAGCUGCUGUCCAGGUCCACGGAGGCGCAGGGCGAGGGUGGUGGCCCCUCUGGGCCACCAGAAGACUCCCUCUCUGGGGACUCAGACGUGGACACGGCCAGCAUGGCCAGCCUGCUCAGUGGCAAGAAUGAGUCCAGCCCGAUGACCCCGCCUACGGGGCUGCAGAAGGACAAGCCGCUGGCCGCACAGGACCCAGAGGUCUCGACUUUGAGCGGUGCUCGGGAGCGGCCCUCAGAGAAGCAGCGUCGCCUGGCAGACGCUGGCUGCGGAGAGCUGGCCCGGGACCUGUCCACGAGACGUGGGCAUGGGCCCCGUGGGGCCCUGGACUGGCCAGACGAGGGGCGUGGCUCCGGCCCCACCCACCCACCCAUCUCAGACGCUGUUGCCUCAGACCAUGAGACGCCUGUGAACACCGGGGCAGGACGGCCAGGCCCUCGGCGGAAGCCAGUGGCCCCACCGCCAUCCCCAGCCGCCCGGGAGGAGCAGGGCCGAGGUCCCAGCAACUCCCAGAAGGUGCAGCAGGUGCUGACCCGCUCCAACAGCCUGUCCACCCCGCGGCCCACACGGGCCUCGCGGCUGAGGCGAGCUCGUCUGGGCGACACGUCGGACACAGAGACCGCAGACGGUGAGCGGGGCACCCCCAGCAACCACGAGGCGGCGGGUCGUCCGGUCACCGAGCAGGCCAAGAAGCUGUCGAGACUGGACAUCCUGGCCAUGCCCCGGAAGCGGGCAGGCUCCUUCACAGGCACCAGUGAUGCCGAGGCCGCCCCCGCCCGCUCUGGUUUCUCUGGCCGGAGUGCUGACUUGUACUGCACCAGCCACAAGCCCAUCAUGGCUGAGGCCCGGGCCGCAGCCAGGAAGUCUGCUGCCGCCUCCACAGCCCCUCGCCAGCCCUUCAGCAGGGCCCGCCCGGGCAGUGCCCGGUACCCCUCCUCCAAUGCUCGCCGCCGGCAGCCGGGCUCGGAUUACACGUCCACCUCCGAGGAGGAGUGCGGCUCCCCCAAACACGCCCGCUCCCAUGCCUCAACAGCCACGCAGACCCCGCGGGCCAGCAGCUCCAGCCGCACCCAGCCCCGGGCCCCUGGUCCACGAGACACGGACGAGGAGGAGGAGGCGGCCGACCCCUACGGCUUCAUCGUGCAGACGGCUGAGAUCGCUGAGAUUGCCAGGCUGAGCCAGACACUGGUGAAGGACGUGGCCAUCCUGGCCCGGGAGAUCCACGAUGUGGCUGGGGACGGUGACCCGCUGGGCUCGCCGGGGCCCACCCGCAGCCCUUCCCUCAACAACGUGCCCAGCACCCCUGCCUCCACCAUCUCUGCCCGCGAGGAGCUGGUGCAGCGCAUCCCCGAAGCCAGCCUCAAUUUCCAGAAGGUGCCACCCGGUGCCCUGAACUUGCGGGACUUCGACCAGAACAUGAACGACCGCCGCGAGGACACGCUGGUCUCCAAGACGAAGCCGCGGAACCGCGAGGAGGUGAUCUUCGAUAACCUGAUGCUGAACCCCGUGUCCCAACUGUCGCACGCCAUCCGUGAGAACACAGAGAGCCUCACCCAGAAGAUGAAGAUCCUUUUCCAGAACUCGGGACGCGCAUGGGAGGACUUGGAAGCCAGGAUCAAUGCUGAGAAUGAGGUGCCCAUCUUGAAGACGUCCAACAAGGAAAUCAGCUCCAUCCUGAAGGAACUGAGGCGCGUGCAGAAGCAGCUGGAAGUCAUCAACGCCAUCGUGGACCCCAGCGGGAACCUGGACCUGCUGACGGGAAAUGGGAGCUCAGGGGGCUCGGCCCCGCCAGGGAAGGGCCGGGCAGCCACCCAGAGCCUGUCCCCCUCGGCGGAGACGGGGCUGCCCGCCCUGCCGCUGAGGGGCUUUCCGCCACGCGUGAACUGUGGCUCCUCCGGCCUCCCAGACGCCAUCUUCCUCCCCAACACCCAGGGGUUCCUGAUCUAG